GAUGGACGAGGACCUGCGGGAGCGGGGGGGCGGAGGGAGCGCUGCGUGCGCCGCGUGCCCGUCCAGCGGCAGCCGCUCGCCGAGGCGCAACGACUUCUACCGCACAGGCAGCACGGCGCUCGUCGUCUUGGUGGACCUCGGCGAGGACGACGCAGGUGGGCCGAGGCGGCUGACGGUGGCGAACUGCGGCGACUCGCGCGCGGUGCUGUGCCGCGGGGGCAGGGCGAGGGAUCUGUCGGAGGACCACAAGCCAGAGCUGCCGGCAGAGGAGCAGCGCAUCAAGCGGGCCGGCGGGUACGUCGCGCCCUCCGGCCAGACGUUCCGCAUAGACGGGCGGGGGCUGAACCUCUCGCGCGCCCUGGGGAGCUUCCGCUACAAGUCCCGCCCCGACCUGCCCCCAGAGAGGCAGAAGGUGUCCUGCUUGCCGCAGAUCACCUUUCUGGAGCUGGAGGAGGCGGACGAGUUCGUGGUGCUGGGGUGCGAUGGCAUCUUCGACCUGAACACCUCGCAGGGGGCCGUCGACCUGGUGCGGGGCUCGCUGCGCGAGGGCCGCUCCGUCGCCGAGGCCGCUGGACUCCUGGUGGACAGGAGCUGCAGCCCGGACGUCCGGGAACUGUGCGGUUUCGCCAUCGACCUCGGCGAAGCGCAGGGUGUCCGAGUGCGGCCGCGGGACGCCGAGGGGGACAUCCGCCGACACGGCUGUGUGCAAGUCACCAAGCCGUGGCCGCCGCUGGCUCGAGCCGCCCGCACCGCGUGGAGCGUUUCGGCGCCACCGGCCCGGGCGGCUAAGCGGCCUCCCGCGAUGGAGCGGACAGGCGCCUGCCCCGCGCGGCCGGCCGCGGCGGGGCGCAUCCCACGCGAGCGGCGGCGGGACGCCGCGGCGAGGCCGCGGCGGCCCGCGCGGCUGCCGGUCCCCCUGGCGGCCGUCUGCGCGGCGAUCGCGGCCGGCUCGUGUGCGGCAGCGGUGCGGCCGCUGUCGCCGCGCGCCGCGCCCUCGAGGGCCCCCCGGCCGCGCACGCAGCGGCCCUCGGCGCUAUCGCCGGCGGCCUCCGUGGCAGACACGUAUAAGGUCCUGCCGAGGUUCAAGGUCGACGUCGCAGGACCCCCGAGUCAUCUCGGAGGAGAUGCAUCGACAGCACGUGGGCAAGUACGGCGAGGAGGAUAUUCAGGUCGUCGAGCGGGGAGACGGGCCCACGGGCGUGUACGCCGUCAAGGCCACCAUGCGGCUGCGCGCGCCCGCGUACGACAUUUUCAAGCGGCUGUGCGACCCGGAGGAGAGAACAAGCGGAUUUUCGAUCGCACCACGGCUUCGGUCAAUUGCCGCGACUUGCUCACGGAAAGCAAGGAGGACGACGGCACACGCGUGUUCGAGGUCAGCAAGACGGGCCGAUGGAAGAUCAUGGGCAUCCCGGUCACGUUUGAGUCCACCGUCCUCGCCGUGGAGGACUGGAAGAGCCUCGAGAUCCGCUACAGGCUGAAGAACCCGGGCGCCAUGAGGCACUUCUCGGGCUUCUGGAGGCUCUUCCCGGUCGGCCGCAACGAGGCGCUGGUGCUGGUCUACCAGGAGGCCGUGCCCGCCUUCCCCAUGCCGAGCUUCUUCCGCUCCUUCAUCGAGAAGGUCGUCAAGACGGUGUGCGGCUCCCUGCUGGACCUCCGCGACAGCUCCCUCACCUGGGACGAGCGGCCGGUGCCCAACAGCUCGCCCCCCUGAUCGCGAGAAGCAGCGACCCAGCGGCGCGUUGGCUCGUGGUGCGCUGACCUGCACCACUACGGGGAGGGAGGACGGGA